UGCUCGCUCCCUCCCUCUUAGGUCACUCUUUCAAACUCUUGAAUAAAAACUGCCUAACUUCCGAGGCGGCCUCAUUGCCCAGGUCCCCCGCCUCUGACAACCUCGAUCCGCCUACCGUGCCCUGUCUUCUGCUGGAGCCUGUCCCGUUCCCGGGAACCCCGCAGCGGCAACCGCUCUCAGCUUACUCGGAUACACCAUGGACAAGUUCUGGUGGCGCACAGCGUGGGGACUCUGCCUCGUGCAGCUGAGCCUGGCACAGAUGCAUAUCGAUUUGAAUAUCACCUGCCGCUUUGCAGGUGUAUUCCAUGUGGAGAAAAAUGGCCGCUACAGCAUCUCCCGGACAGAGGCAGAGGAUCUGUGCAAGGCUUUUAACAGCAGCCUGCCCACCAUGGCUCAGAUGGAGCAGGCCCUGGAGAAGGGGUUUGAGACCUGCAGGUAUGGGUUCAUACAAGGGCACGUGGUGAUCCCGCGGAUCAACCCUAACUCCAUCUGUGCUGCAAACCACACAGGGGUGUACAUCCUCCAAUCCAAUACCUCCCAGUACGACACAUAUUGCUUCAAUGCUUCAGCUCCAGACGGAGAAGACUGCUCAUCAGUCACAGACCUGCCCAACUCCUUUGAUGGACCGGUUACCAUAAAUAUUGUUAACCGGGAUGGCACUCGCUACACCAAGAAAGGGGAAUACAGAACAAACCCUGAUGACAUCAACCGCGGCAACCUCAGCAACAACAGUUCUGAUGAAGACGUGAGCAGUGGAUUUUCUGUGGAAAGGAACACACCAGAUGCUACCAUCUUCCCUACUCACUUGCCAACCGCACACUCAACCGCAGAAAGUGACACAGAAUAUCCCUUGGACCAUAUUCCAACUACCAUUACUCCAACUGUGCACUCAAGCAGCCAUGCAACAACUCAGGAGCAAAAUAACUGGAUAUGGUCCUGGUUUGGUAAUUCACAACCUACAACUCAGGACUCCUCAACAACAGCGACUGCAGCUUUGAUGAACACUAAUGGUACAGCUUCUGAAGCCACAACCAAGAGGCCUGAAACACACGACUGGCUUUCAUGGUUGUUUCAACCAUCAGAAUCUAAGAAUCAUCUUCACACAACAACACAAAUGGCUGGUACGGAUUCAAACACAAACUCAGCAGUCUGGGAGUUAGAGGAAGAAAAUGAAGAUGAAGGAAUCAAGCACUUCAGUUUUUCUGGAUCAGGCAUUGAUGAUGAAGAAGAUUUUAUCUCCAGUACCACUUCAACCACACCAUGGAUUUCUGACCAAACAAAACAGAAUCAGGACUGGACCCAAAGGAUCCCAAGCCAUUCAAAUCCAGAAUUACUACUUCAGACAACCACAAGGAUGACUGAUGUAGACAGAAAUGGCAUCAAUGCUCAACAAAAAAACUGGACUCAGGCACCACAACCUCCUCUGAUUGACCAUGGGCAUCAUGAUGAAGAGGACACACAGCAUUCUACAAGCACAAGUAAGAAUAACACUACAGAAGAAACAGCUACCCAGAAAGAACAGUGGUUUGGGAAUGAAUGGCAUGGGGGGUUCCCCCAGACAACUGGAGAAGACUCUCAUUCAACAGAAGGGAUAACGGCCUCAGCCCACAACAGCCAUCCCAGUCAGACAGUGACAACCCAGAAUCAAGAGGACAGUUCCUGGACUGAUUUCUUCGACCCCAUCUCACAUCCAAUGGGACGAGGUCAUCCAACAGAGACAAAGAUCGAUACAGAGACCAGUCCCAGUACAAUGCCCCAACCAACUCCAGAUCCAAGUACAGGGUCAGUGGAAGACGUGGAAAGGACAGGACCUCUUACAGUGACAACUCAACAGAGUCCAUUUCAGAACUUGUCUACAUCACAUGGAGGCUUGGAAGAAGAUAAAGAUCUUACAACGAUCUCUACUCUGACAUCUGGAAAUAGGACUGAUGGCACAGGUGGAAGAAGAGGUGGACAUUUUUCUGCAGACUCAACCACUUCCUCGGAAGGUUACAUUCCUCAUUAUGCAGACACACAGGAAAACAGAACUCUCAUGCCAGUGACCCCUGCUAACACUGGGGCCUUUGGAAUGACUGAAGUGACUGUUGUUGGGGAUUCCAACCUUGACCUUGAUCGCUUCUUACCAGGAGACCAAGACUCAUCUGUUGACCCCAACAGGAAGUACCAUACCACUCAUGGAUCUGAAUCAGCUGGUCACUCAAAUGGAAGUCCGGAUGGUGGCAUCAGCACAACUUCUGGUCCCAUAAGGAAACCCCAAAUUCCAGAAUGGCUGAUCAUCCUGGCAUCCCUCUUGGCCCUGGCCUUGAUUCUUGCUGUUUGCAUCGCAGUCAAUAGUCGGAGAAGGUGUGGGCAGAAGAAAAAGCUGGUGAUCAACAAUGGCAAUGGAACUGUGGAGGACAGAAAACCCAGUGGACUCAAUGGAGAAGCCAGCAAGUCUCAGGAAAUGGUGCAUUUGGUAAACAAAGAGUCAUCAGAGACCCCCGACCAGUUCAUGACAACAGAUGAGACACAGAACCUGCAGAAUGUGAACAUGAAAGUGGAGAUGUAACACCUAUCCCACGACCUUGGAAAGAGGCAGCAGUUGGAAACCUAACAAAAACAAGGAGCUGGGACACUGAACAGAUGCAAUGUGCUACUGAUUGUUUUAUUGGGGAUAUUUUUUAGCAAAAAUUUUCUACUCCUUUUUUUUUGUGUGUUUUGGUUUAUUGUUUUUAAGUCCAGUCCAAUUCAUAAAAAUAGCAUUGCUUUCUGACAUGAAGACUCAAUCAAUAUUCCAUAAGAAUUUGAUUGUUCCAGUUCCUCUCUAGAGGGCUUUCAUCUUCCGAAGUGUGCUAAGGAUGGCUUCUAAUAAACGCCACACUAUAUCUUACCAGUUCCCAACCUUCCCAUUCACACCACCUCCCAAGUGAUAGCCACCAGCUAAGGACAUUCCCCAGUGCUAUGAGGGAUGGGCCCUGGAGGGGAAAUUUGAAUGGGUCCAUAUUGCCUCUCCAGCAACCCAGUCCCUGGGCAUUGUUUUCCAGUGGAGUAGGGGUCAAGGGUGUACUGGUUACACACCCCUUUUACAGACACCUUCUGGAAAUUUUUCAUUUGCUUCUGGGAGACACCAAAAGGGUGAAGCUAUUUAUCUAUAGUAAGCUAUUUAUCUGUGUUCUUGAAAUAUCAAACCCUGGAGGUUCUCCAAUUAGUAUGAUUUUUUAACUUACUUUGUAAGAGGUAUAAAAGGAUUUAAGCUGAUUUGUAAUAAAUAUCUAUUCUUCUUCCAUCUUAACCCUCUGUGCUGUGGUCCUUGAGAGUCUACCCCAGGACAGUCUGGGUCUCUACAGAUCAUCAUGAUGACCUGAGAGUGGCUUUCGUUGAAGUCACCUUAGAGCCCAUGUGCCCUCACAUAGGCUGACUCAGCCAGCUCUCAUGGAGGCUCAAGGAAGCAGCACUGAUUCCUUUGUGAAGCUGUCUAGCGGCUUUCUGUCCUGUCCUAGAGUCAGGAUCAUGAGCAGAAGAGCUUCAGCCCUUUGUCUUUUAAUGGCUACCUGUUCUCUCCCUGUAAAUAGCGUUGGACGGUCACAUUAGGUUUCCGUGACCUACCAUAUGGUGUGGAGCAGACAAGGGUAUAUCUCAAAAGGUUACAGGGAUUUCUCUAAUUACACUAUCAUCACCAGAGAAGCUGGUGUAUGGCCAAACAUGAAAAUGAUGGCUGUCUCUUUGGACUUCACUUGGUAAGUCCUUUGCAGCAUUUAUUUGUUGAUCAGGAUGUCUUAUAUCUCCUGGAACUUCCAAAGUCUACAUAGCAUAGCAGAAUCUCUAAAAAGUCUAAAUUCCUGUAAAAUGAGAAUUCUUAAGUUCAUCCUUAAAAAAUCCAUUUGUUGCCUAAAUAGACUUAAUGUGUAAUGUUUCUCAGAUCAAAAAAUGAGAAAGACAAUCAUUUCCCACCUACAUCAGGUGGGGUUUCCACAAAGUCUUGGCUUGAAAGGCUUAUUCAAAGAAGAGAUGCAAACUUGGGACACUUAUUUGCAAUCUCUGCUCUUCCUUUCCUCCCCCCUGUCUUCCCCUGAUCUUUACCCUUCUCCCCUCCUCCCCUUCAUCCUACUAAAUGCUGCCCUGAUCUUGAGAAAUAUCCUUCCUUUUUGGUGAACACCAUUGCUCAAUUUUGUAUUCAACUAUCUUGCUUUUGUUCUUUUUUUUCCCCCAAAGUUUAAUAAAAAAUAAAUAUCAGGUCACUCUGUUGUUACUGACACCAGGGUUAAAGUGUGUCUUGUUUUCCAAUAGAUUUCCUGGAUCUCCUAAGGAUCCAGAGGGCCUCACUCAGGUUCUUUAAUGCAAAUGCAAUCAGGCAUGUGGGAUCAGAUGCAAGACCCCAUGUUUUCUACCUGCCUCCAAAUUCUUUUGGGUACCAUAGCUAAGAGAUGGUUUAGACCUUUACUAGACAUUUUUCCAAAAUAGCCCGGGUUAGGAAAUAAUGUUUUAACUUUAUUUUGGAAUUAAAUGCGGUCUUGCUUUUCUUAUUGUUGAUGUCUUCAACUUGGAUAUAUACCACUAUAUUCUCAAGAUAGAAACGGGAAACAUAGAACUUCCAUUGGAGAGUUAGCCAAGUCUUUGCAAUAUCCUGCCUGAAAUAUUGCCUGAAGUUCACGGGAUAGGGGUUGUUCUCAUCCAUUGAACAUGGUGACCAUGAUCCUGGAAGCAUAGCUUGAUACAAAGCACAGCAUUCUGGAAAGUCAUCAUGGCUGUCCAGUUGACAUGGGCUAAGCCGCCAAUUUGAGCUUUGUUUAUAAGAAAUUAGGAGCCAACUUUUAAUUACUUCACAAAACAACUUGAGAUCUUAAAAUGUCAUUUUGCCCUGCAAGGUGUUUGUUUAAAUUAGUUCUAGGUAACAAAUCAAAUGGAAUAAAACACAUCUUCAAGUUUCUGUUUUGUAGGUUCUACCCUAGAAGUCUGGAUUUUUCCAACAGAAACUCUUAAAAUUUUUAAAGAGAUCUAUAAAACCAAAAAAUGAUUUUGAAUCCAGCAGAGGCAUACCAUUGCAGUGGAGGAAUAGAGGAAGAAGACAUCCUAUUUCUCUGGCAGAAUGAAAUGUGUUUGGGAAUAAGACUAAUGAAGUCCAUUCAUCUUGGGGGCUACUGUUAUGUCCUUUAGUAAAUCAUCUGUAUUGUUUUCAGAGAAGAGCUUCUUGUUCAUGCAGGUGCAAGGACCGUUGUUAUUGUUACUCUGAUUUCUAUGAGCACACCCUUCCUCUCUGACUUUUGUAUAUUUAUUGAUGGACCAAUAAUACUGAUGGAAGCAUGAUAUGUAUAUUGCUUGGUUGAAAUCACUUAUUGGAAAAUAGUAAAAAGCUAACAUUAAAAGGCUCAAGAAAAUGGA